CAGGACGUCUUUCUUCCAAAGACGCAAAUGAUUGGUCAAGACAUAUCCGUGUUUUGAACGUGUUUCCUGGAGCUUCGCUCUCGUUGUUUAUCUUUUUAUAACAACCACCACCGGGUACCCGUCAGCCUUAAUUUAGUUCUGUUAGAUGGUAGGAGAAACUCUUCAACAUGCCAGUCCACUCCCGUGAAAAGAAAGAAAACAACCACGAGGACAUGGAGGUGGAUUAUCCGGAGCAAGACGCUAGCAGUUCUGACGAGGAAGAUACUGUAAGCUCAUCUGUUUCUGAAGAUGGAGACACUUCAGAAAUGGACGAUGAAGAUUGUGAGAGGAGAAGGCUGGAAUGUCUUGACGAAAUGACAAAUCUUGAGAAGCAGUUCACGGACCUCAAAGAUCAAUUAUACAAAGAGAGACUGAGUCAAGUUGACAUCAAGCUGCAGGAAGUCAUUGCUGGCAAUGCUCCGGAGUACUUAGAACCCCUUGCCACCCUUCAAGAGAAUAUGCAGAUCAGAACCAAAGUAGCAGGCAUUUAUCGUGAGCUGUGCUUAGAGUCUGUGAGGAACAAGUAUGACUGUGAGAUGCAGGCUGCCAGUCAACACUGGGAGAGCGAGAAGCUACUGCUGUUUGAUACAGUUCAGAGUGAGCUGGAGGAGAAGAUCAGACGCCUAGAGGAAGAUCGGCACAGUAUAGAUAUUACCUCAGAAUUAUGGAAUGAUGGUUUGCAGUCCAAAAAGAAUAAGAAGAAAGAUUCUUUCACCCCUGGCAAGAAGAAGAAGCCUGUUGUUGUAUCAGGGCCAUAUAUUGUUUACAUGUUGCAAGACUUGGAUAUACUCGAAGACUGGACGGCAAUAAGAAAGGCAAUGGCUUCAAUGGGACCACACAGAAUGAAAGUGGAUGUUCCCUCAAAGCCUGAGAAGCAUCACCGUGUUGCUCGCUCAGAGGAUGGACGUCUGUUCUAUGACAACAAGUGGUAUUCCAGAGGGCAGGGCAUCUGCAUCAAUAGGAAGGAUGAGUAUCCUACCAGUGCCAUCAUCACCACUAUCAACCAUGAUGAGGUCUGGUUCAAACGACUGGAUGGCAGCAAGUCGAAGCUCUACAUCUCGCAGCUGCAGAAAGGCAAAUACACCAUCAAGCACUCUUAGUGGUGGCCGAGUUCCAUCUACUUGCUCCUUGUGUUCUCUGUUGCCAUUGCAACCUGGCCUUUGGCCUUGUCCUCCAUGCCCCCCCCACCCCCUUUCACUCUUAAGUUUGCCAUUCAAAUGCAAGGAAGUGUGGAAGUACGCUACGGCUUAGUAGCCUCUUUGUACAUAUGGAUGUAUGUAUAUGAAUUGUCAUGAUAAGGCCAUAUUUUUACACUCUAAUGUUGAGAAGAAUGAUGUGCUGCUAUAAGAAAAACGGGGUUUGAAGGGGAGGGGAAAGCAAGAAACUGUGGAAGAGAGAAUGUAUUGGGUUUUGGGUGUCUGUGAGUGUGCCUUGGAUAAGGUAAGGCUCUCGCCCUGAAGGAUCCCUCAGUUGAAGCCUUGCUGAGAAGAGUAUUAGUGCAUAAUGAGUGGCCACUUCUAUAAAGUCGUUUAUGAAAUGGACAUGUCGGCAGUAAUUGAUUCUGCAGAUACUUGUUGUUGCUUGCCACUAGCACUAAUUUUAUGCUGAGACAGAUAGUUGUACAAUGCAGACUUGACUUAUUUCAAGUCUUUGAAAAUGUAUGUUUCCCUGCUUAUGUGUUGAAAUUGUUGUUGGUGCCAUUAUUACACACUAUGAAAAUAUGAUAUCAGUAUUUAGAUGGCACAACCUCAAUAUACAAA